GGGACCUGUGAGCAGCGCGGGCAGCGGCCCAGGGAUCCGUCUAGAACGAUGUCAGGAGAACUGCCACCAAACAUCAAUAUUAAGGAACCUCGAUGGGACCAAAGCACUUUUGUCGGACGAGCCAAUCAUUUCUUCACGGUGACAGAUCCCAGGAAUAUCCUCUUAAGCAACGAACAACUAGAGAAUGCAAGGAAAAUAAUACAUGAUUACAGACAAGGAGUUGUGCCUUCAGGUCUUACAGAAAAUGAAUUAUGGAGAGCAAAGUACGUCUAUGAUUCAGCUUUUCAUCCUGACACUGGUGAGAAGAUGAUCUUGAUAGGAAGAAUGUCAGCUCAGGUUCCAAUGAACAUGACCAUCACCGGCUGUAUGAUGACAUUUUAUAGGUCUACACCAGCGGUGCUCUUCUGGCAGUGGGUUAACCAGUCCUUCAACGCGGUGGUGAACUACACCAACAGAAGCGGAGACGCCCCACUCACUGUGAAUGAAUUAGGAACAGCUUAUGUUUCUGCAACAACUGGUGCUGUAGCAACAGCUCUGGGACUUAAUGCAUUAACAAAGCACGUCUCACCGCUGAUAGGACGCUUUGUCCCUUUCGCUGCUGUAGCUGCUGCUAAUUGCAUCAAUAUUCCACUAAUGAGGCAAAGGGAACUCAAAGUGGGCAUUCCUGUCACCGAUGAAAACGGGAACCGCUUGGGUGAAUCAGCGAAUGCUGCCAGACAAGCCAUCACACAAGUCGUCGUCUCCAGGAUCCUCAUGGCAGCCCCCGGCAUGGCAAUCCCUCCCUUUAUCAUGAACACUUUGGAGAAGAAAGCCUUCUUAAAGAGGUUCCCCUGGAUGAGUGCACCUAUUCAAGUUGGAUUAGUUGGCUUCUGUUUGGUGUUUGCUACACCUCUCUGCUGUGCUUUGUUUCCUCAGAAAAGUUCUAUGUCUGUGACCAGUUUGGAGGCUGACCUGCAAGCCAAGAUCCAGGAGAUGCAUCCCGAGUUACGCCGCGUGUACUUUAAUAAGGGAUUAUAA